AUGGAAGAGCUGAAGAAACUAGAAGAAGUACAGAGAAUGAUAACAUUGAUGGAAUCACAUGCCUUCAUUCCUUCUUCUUCUUCUUCUUCUAAUAACCACCACUCUAACCGCUUCCUCGCCAAUCUCCUCCUCCUCUUGAUACAACCAUGUGGCGAUCUCGAUAUCAAGGACAAACUCAGCCUGAUUAACGAACGCAUUCCUAAAAUUUCGGAUUCUUUUCUCGAAGAAGCGUCGCUCUUGUUUAAUCGGAAAGAAAAAGAACCGGUGCUGCAAAUUGAAAACAAGCUUAUUACGACUAGUAAUGGUGAUUUUGAAGAUAUGGCAUUGGUUAGCUUGGAUGCGAUGCAACGCGCAAAUUCUACACUUGAGGAUUUUAUGGAUAGUUUGAACGAAAAGAUAGUCAACAUGCAAAUUAGUAGUGUUGGAGUUAUAGAAAGAGAAUCUCAUAUGGAAGUGAGUGAAAACUGGAUUGGAAAGUUUAUUUAUGUGUUAAAAAACAAUCCGUUUAAGCCACUUGUUGGUCAACUUCAACGUCAUGGCCUUUUGACACAGAGGAUCAUAGAAGAAUUCAUGUUUGGAGAAGAGUAUUGGGCUUUGGAAAGAAAGCUUUGUUCUGCACUCAUGAAUCAAACUGAGAUUUUAGUUGAAGAUGUAACGAGGGCAAUUCAUUUGAAAUCCUUUGACUAUCGAGUUCUGAAUCUUCUCCUGUACCAGUUAAGAGGGGAAAAGGUGAAUGAUGUGCAUAUGGAAUUCCUAUCCAUCUCAGAAUUUCUAGUGGAAGUAUCUGAUGAUCUGUUUGACUAUGAGGAUGAUGUGCUAGAGAAUCAUUUCAAUAUUUUGCGCAUGUUUGUCAGAAUAUACGGACCUGCUACAGCCCCAGCCAUGCUGGCAAAAUACAUUGCUGAAGCUGAAGAGAAGUAUGACGAUUUACUGAAAACUUUGGACCCUCAACUGUCCUCAAAUUACCAGACGAGAUGUGAAGAAGCUACUAAAGAAGGUGGGAAGAUGUCUGGGCAUCCUCUUGGAACAUGGAACAUACCGCCUGUGAUUGUAGAUGAAGAAUUAUAUCGAUCAAACUGGGUAAAUUCAGAAUCAGUGGUACCUCCUGGUUGA